AUGAACUCAUCAAAUUCCACUGCACUCAAUCACCAAAAGGAAAAGGCAAAUGAUCCAGACCAUUCAAAGUCAAGCAUUAGCACCUUUUGGACUCCAUUGUUUCGAAAAGUUCAACACUGGAGUGGAAUUGCAUUCUCUGUAUUUACAUCCAUACAUGUGGCCACCACCAUUUCAGCAGCUCUUUCACCACAAGUGUACGAUCAGGUGCUGGAAUCCACUCGUGCAUGGUAUCGUCCUUCGAAAGCAGUCGAAGGUGUGGUGGUGAUGAGUCCUUUGAUGGUUCAUUUGAUGGCCAAUUCCUACUUUUUCUGUUUGAAUUAUUUUCCUUCAAAAUCUUUGGCCACAAAAAGUUUGGAGAAUGGAAAUUCAAAGACAACUACCACCACCACAACAGUGAAAACUGCUUCAGUGUCCAUAUGGAAACGACUUCAUCAAUAUGCAGGUUAUGCCUUGUUCUUGCUCAUUCCAGGUCAUAUUUAUGGAGUACGAUUUGCAAAGGCGUAUGAUCAAGAAUUCGCAACGUUGAGACAUCUCUUGGAGAAGGUCGUUGGCCCGUGGGUUGGAAUGUCCUAUUUUGGAAUUCUGAUGACUGCUGGUGUGUAUCACAUGUUGUUUGGAUUGAAUACGGCACUUGGAUAUAAGGUAAAAAGACCAUUCGUGCUUUCGACCAUUGUGGCAGUGUUGGCAGCUGCAUAUUUUGGAUUGUUGGGAAUUGGAGGAUUUUUGUAUCCUGUCGAAUCAAUGAGAGAGAAAUUUCACAAAUUUGAUUAA